AUGGUCAUUCGCGGCAAGGUAACCCGGCCACUUCCUGCGCCUCUGCCUAUGAUUGUUCGUAAAAGUUGGUUGAAGAUACUUGGUGUAACGUUUCAAGAGAUUCCUUUCAUGUGGGACCAUCUAGAUGAAUUAAUGAGUAAAGCCUGUAGCAGAAUGUACAUUAUUCGGAUUUGCAAAUACUAUGGAUUUUCUAGGAAAGAGUUGGAUCUUCUGUUCCACAGUCUUAUUUUAUCAAUAUUAGUUUUUGGUAUAGAG